UCCACAAGUCUAUUCCUCAAAGUCAAGCUUGGUUUUCUUCAGUUGCAACAGGCAUGCACAGCCUCUCUCUCUCUCUCUUUCCAUGGUUGUGAAUUUCGAAGCAACUUCUGCAAAUCCAAAUUGAUUGCUUCACAAGCAAUUCGUUCUUUAUUUGAAUGCUUUAUCCUUUCGUUCUGACCAUUUCUGCAGGAAUCCGUGAAAAGAAAAACCGGAUUUCGAUUCUCUUACCGUUUUUGGUUCUUCUUUUAGUGGUUACUACUGCCUGGAUUUUGGAAGACAAGUUUAGGAUCCGUAUAUCGAAUUCCUUAUGAAGAUUAAUCUAUUCUUCCAUUGAGUUCUAGAUUUCAAUCAAGUAAAAUGAAGGAGCUACUGAGGAAAUCAUGAUCUCGAGUCCUUUAGUUAAAGCAGCGAAGCUCAGGAGUGAGGUUUUUCUCCGCGGAAUUUCUUUUGGCGUGAAACUGAAGCUAUUAUUAUGAUAGUAUCUGGAAGUUGUCUCUCAUUUCACGUUUUGGUCGAACUAUAUUCGUUUUCUUCUGAAGAGAAUGUUCAUAAGCUUGCUCUGCCUCGGAGAUUUGGUCUAUAUGGAAAGCUUGGAAACGAUUUUCAGAUGAAACGGAAGUGAUCGAUUAAAAGCCGCUGUAGCAGUAGAAUGAGAGAUAAUUCAUUAAGAUUCUUUUUGUUUUGGAAAUGAUCGAGAAUUUUUACUUUAACUAAGACGAGAUGAAGCGAAGGAGCUCUCAAAAUAAAUCUCAGAGUCAAUGGAACAGAAACAUUUUUGCCUUACUUUUGUUGAGCUUUUGUUUUGGAUGUUUAAUAUUGACUGAAACACGUUAUAGUCGAAUCAAAAUGAUUUUGUCGUCGUCUCCUCCAUUCGUUCAAAGGCCUAAGAUCGCGUUUCUUUUUAUUGCACGGAACCGGCUUCUUUCGGACGUUGUGUGGGAUACCUUCUUCCAGGGAGAAAGGGAGAACAGAUUUUCAAUUUUUGUCCAUGCUAGGCCUGGAUUUACGUUGAAUAAUGUAACAACAAAAUCAGCAUACUUUUAUGACCGCCAGAUUGAUGACAGUAUACAGGUAGAUUGGGGGGAAGCAAGCAUGAUCCAGGCAGAGCGAAUUUUGCUAAAAAAUGCACUUGCGGAUCCAUUUAAUGACCGUUUUGUUUUUUUAUCAGAUAGCUGUUUACCCUUAUACAACUUCAACUAUACAUAUGAUUAUAUCAUGUCAACACCAAAUAGUUUUGUAGACAGCUUUGCUGAUACGAAGGGAAGUCGUUACAAUCCAAAAAUGCAUCCUGUUAUUCCUGUUCAUAAUUGGAGGAAAGGAUCCCAGUGGGUUGUUUUAACGAGAAAGCAUGCUGAGAUUGUAAUGGAAGACAAUACAGUCUACUCAAUGUUUCAGCAGCAUUGCAGAAGGAGGUCACUACCUGAGUUUUGGCGGAACCAUCCUCUUGCUGUAGAUGUUUCAAAGGAGCAUAACUGUAUACCAGAUGAACAUUAUGUUCAGACAUUGCUGGCACAAGAGGGACUUGAAGGGGAAAUUACUCGGAGAUCUUUGACAUAUGCUUCCUGGGAUCUUUCAUCCUCCAAAGAUCGCAAAAGGCGUGGGUGGCAUCCAGUGACUUACAAAAUGUCAGAUGCUACCCCAGAACUUAUUAAAACAAUAAAGAACAUAAAUAACAUAUAUUAUGAUACCGAACAUCGAAGAGAAACUUGUAGCAGCCAAGGGAAGCCAGGACAUUGCUUUCUCUUUGCAAGGAAGUUCACUAGGCUUGCUGCCCUCCGGCUUCUUAAAAUGUCUGUGUUGGGAGCUUCCAAUAAAGGAUCCGGUGAAUUAUAAUUUUGGUGACAUGCCAUCUGUUGCAAGUUCCAGCCAGGUAAUAAUCUUCAUUAUAAUCAGUAAAAUUAGCUGUAAAAUAAGGCAUAGAGAACAAAUAAAAAUGAUAUAAAGCUGGUGAUGUUCUCGUCUCCCUGUAGAUGUAAAAUUAAAGAACAUAUACAUGUUAUUCUUUGGGUAGCCUUUUUGUAGAUGUAGUUAAGGGGUCAAUUACAGAACUGAGGGUUUUUUUUGUUUUUUCUUCUUUUUAUAGUUUUCUUUGGUGGGUUUGUACUGUUUCUUCUGUAAAAUUGGAAAUGAAAGCUUACAGAGGUUUUACUGUUAAACAACA